GGCAUUUUCACAUUCAAGGAUAAUGUCAGGCUCCAGAGAGGAAAUGAAGUUUCUACCGAGCUAAGGGAUGCAAUUAGAGAUUCACGCCUUGCUAUUCUUGUCUUCUCUAGCAACUACCCCAAAUCAUGGUGGUGUCUCCAAGAAAUGUCCACUAUAGCUGAUCUCCACCGAAAAAAGAAACAAAUUGUUGUCCCAGUUUUCUAUCACGUUCCUUCUUCGAAUGUUAGAAGACAAGCGGGCCCGUACCUUGACCACUUCAAUUUACAGCAAUCCAGGUAUCCCGAAGAAACAAUUAACAAAUGGAAGACUGAUAUGACGUAUUUGUCCAACGUGUAUGGCUUCGAUAUAGUAGACUCAAACGGACAAGAGCCUAACCACCUGGAACGGAUUAUUGGUGACGUGGCAAAGAAAUUGAAUCAUAGUUUCACAUUAAUUACCAGUGAUCUAAUUGGGAUACAACCCCGAGUAGCAGAGCUCGAAAGAUCUUGCUAA